AUGAAUAAAUUAUUUUACCUAUUUAUUUUAAUAGCUUCACUUUUUAUAUUAACUGAUGCAUCACAUUUCCGUUUUGGUACAAUUAGUUGGCAACCAACAACAGAUUAUAGAACCAUCAAAUUCACAUCAAACUUUGCAUAUAGAACAACCUUUUUCUAUUCAUCAACAUCAAGUAUUAAGGUUGGAAAUUUAGUUAAUGUUGGUACAUUAAAUUUUGGAAGUGGUGUUGGAUCAGUAACAGUCUCUGUUACAGUUACAGAUUUUGAUGUUAAAAAUAAUUGGUUCACAGGUACUUUCACGACAACCAAAGCUUAUCCAGCUCAAAACUCUGGAACAAUUAGAGAAUAUACCGCCAUUUUCACAAGUUGUUGUAGAAUUAGUUCUCUUUUAAAUAAUAAAGAUGCAUCAUGGAAUAUUACAACAAGUGUACAAAUCGAUAAUAAAAAUGAAUUGUCAAUGGUAAAUUGGUCACCAGUAUCUGGUAUGAUUCCAAUCGUUCAAGUAGUUGCAAAUAAAAACAAUAACUUCCGUGUUAUUGCAUCCGAUCAAAAUGUUCAAAAUGCAGACUCAUCAGCACUCACUUUCUCCUUUUCAAAAGUUUAUACAAUGACUCAACCAAGUGGUAUGACAAUUGAUUCCAAAGGUAACUGUUAUUUCCUUCCAACUCAAAUUGGUCUUUAUUCAACUCAAAUUUAUAUUUUAGAUUCAAGAGGUGCCUACAUUGUUGUGGAUUUCAUUCUUCAAUCAGUUGCUGAACCUGGUACUUGUGAUCCAACAUGUUCAAACGCUGGUACAGCAUGUAAUCAAAACUCUCAAUGUAAAGGUUGCACAAACAGUGGUUCAACCACAAUCGAUACUUGUACUACUAGUAAUUACCCACCAGAUUUUGUCUCUCCACCAACUCCAGAUGAUGGUGAUACAAAAUUAUUCCCAAUUGGUGCCUCUACAAGUUUAACUUUCUCUUGUAAAACUAUUAUGUCUGGAAGAUCAACAACCAUUCAAACUGCAAAUCUUCCAGUUGGUGUCACUACCAAAACUCCUGUUACAGGUGCCACCUCCAAUACAACCAUUACAUGGACACCAACAACUGCAAAUACCGGUUCAUAUGUUGUUUCUCUUGUUUGCUCGGAUUCAACUGGUUUAACAUCAUCGGUUCGUUCUUUUACAAUUUUAGUGGCUAAACCAGAUUGUGGUAAUGGUGGUUAUACAGAGAGUGGUGUUUGUAAAUGUGUUGAUAAUUGGGAUCCAGCAUCUAAAUGUUUUGAAUGUAAAGAUGGUUAUUAUGGUGAAAAUUGUGUUGCCGUUCCACCUUGUGUAAAUGGUGUUCCAAAUAGUGGUAUUAAUGGUGAUGGUAAAUGUUUAUGUUCUAAUGGUUGGACUGGUGCCGAUUGCAGUAUUUCAUCAUCUCAAAGUUGUAAAGAUUUAUCAAAUAGCAACACCUCAAUCUCAUACAGUAAUCCAUCAUUUGUUAAUCCAACCAAAGUUCAAGUUUAUCUCACAAGUACACCAAACUAUGAAGUACCAACUAUUGUUAGUAUUCCAAACCCAAUUAAUAAUCUCGAUGUUUACGUUUUAGUUGAUGCCAAUCUUGCUUCAACUACUGCCUUUGGUUAUAUUAAAUCUGGUAUGUCAACAUUUGUUUCAAACAUUGAAAAUAUUUGUGAAACCGCUCAAUUUGGUAUUGGUUAUUUCUCUGAUUACACCCCAUCACCAAUUUCAUUUAGUCCAUCACAAGUUAUGGGUAGUCCAAUUGCUGCAGCCAUUGGACUUUAUAAACCAGCAACUUAUUCAACCACUUCUAAUGGAAAUUCACUCUUGGCUGCUACUGAUGCUGCAAGUGCUUCAGUUGGUUGGAAUUCUGGUUCAUUCAAAGUUAUUGUUAUCAUUACCGAUAGUGAUCAUUCAUCUAGUUCAGCACAAAUCACUGCAUUCACAAAUAAAUUCAUUGGAAAAUCAAUUGUACCAGUGGUCGUUAGUUUUGGUGCCUCAUCUAUGACUAAUUGGAAUUCAGCUCUCACUUCAGCUGGUUUUGGUAGUGUUGUUACCGCUUCAGGAACAUCAGCUAGUGAUUGGUCUGCUAAAGCUAAUACUGGUGUAAAGAAUGUUUUAUCCAAAAUCGUUUAUAAAUCUGAUCCAACUGCAACUGGUUCUUCAUUUGUUUCAAGUGUCCCAUCAACUGUUACAGUUUCAUCAUCUUCAUCAACUCAACAAACUGUCAAUGGUCUUAAAUUAUCACUUCCAUCAGGUACAACAAUUGUUUCACCAGUUGCUACAAUUUCUGCAAUGGGUUAUGGUCAAACUGAUAUUUCAAUCAAUUACAAUCGUCCACCAGUUGCAACUUCAGGUUCAUUCUCUGUCAAUCAAAAUUCAUUAGCCACUUUCAAAUUAACAGGUACUGAUCCAGAUGCAAAUAUUUUACAAUUCAAAUUCACUACAUUCUUAACAGCUAAUGCUGGUGUUAUUACCGAUAGCAAUGGUAAAGAUGUUUCAAAACAACAAUCAAAUUAUUAUGCAGCCUCUGAAAUUUUCACCUAUACACCGUUCGAAAAUUAUUUAGCCUCAAAUACUAUUAGAUUUGUUGCUUUUGAUGGUUGUGUCGAAAGUAAUACCUAUGCAACAAUUUCAAUCACCAUCAACAAAGUAAAUCAAUUACCAGAAUGUUCAUCAAUUUCAUCAACAAUCACAACAACCUUAAAUACCCAAUCAACAUUCAGUAUGACUGCAACUGAUUUUGAAGACGCCUCACCAUUCCUCCAAUUUACUAAACCAACUGAUUUAACUGCCUACGGUACAUUCACUUACAAAGGUGCUUCUAUUACUUCAUCAACUAAAAUUACAACUGGAGAUAGUGUUAUUUUCACUCAAACUGUUAAUCCAAAAAAUGAUGCCACUGUUACAUUAGAAUUUAGAGCUAUUGAUACAUCAAAUGCAUUCUCACAAGCUUCUUGUUCAGUUUCUUUCAAGAUUCAACAUGCAAAUGUAGCACCAGUUUCAUCAUCAACAUCACCAAUUUCAGUAAUUCCAAGAGGUUCUGUUUCAUUAACUUUGGUAUCAACUGAUUCAGAUUCCACAAAAGCAUUAUUCACCAUUACUGCAAUUAAAAAUGGUAAUAAUGGUAAUUUCUACACCUGUUCAACUAAUGAUUGUUCAUGUACUUCUGGUUCAUCUGAUAGCACCAUUAUUUCUCUUAAAGAUCAAUUCUCUGGUAUCUCAUACUCUUCAACAAAAGCCAAUAAACUUAUUUGUUUCACCAAUGGAGAACCUUCCGCAAUUUCAAAUUAUGCAUCCAUUUCAUUCACAUCAACUGAUGAUGAAGGUUUAGAAUCAAACACUGUCUCUGUUGUUGUAAAUAUUGUUGGAGAUCGUGCCAAUGUUGCACCAGUUGUAACUAAAAUUCAAGAUUACAGUGUUUAUCAAGAUUAUUUAGAUUCUGAUGCACAUGUUGUAACUGGUACCGAUGCUGAUAUCGAUGAUUACAAUCCACCAAAUGUUAAUAAUUUAAUUGCUAUUAUUACCACUCCACCAUCAAAUGGUAUUUUAGUUACUGUCCAAAAUGGUAACAACGUUGCCACUCAAGGAAACGCACCAUUCACUCAUUACUAUAGACCAAAUCCUGGUUUCAAGGGUACUGAUAGUUAUUCAUAUCAAGUUAUGGAUACUUUCAAAGAAACGUCAUCAGUUGAAAGUACAACCGUCACUGUUAACCCAAUUAAUCAUAAACCAACUUUAACAGUCAAUUCCUACUCAUUCACAUCUCAAAGUGGUGCUGGUGAAACUCAAACAUUGGUUACCUAUGAUUUUGAUGGUGAUAAUGUAUUAUGUUCAGUUCAAGCAGCUCCAAAGCAAAUCAGUAUGUACGAUUCAGAAAAUGAAUUAAUUACCACCCUUCCAAAAUCGCUCUCAAGCAAUAGUUAUAGUUUCAAAUUAUUGGAUGCAUCUAAAAUUUCACCAACUCCAUUCAGUAGUUUCUCUGAUUCCUUUAUAAUUAGCUGUAAAGAUGAUUCUAAAUUAACCACUCCAUAUGGUGUAUUAUCAACUGGUAAUGUAACUGGUUUUGUCCAAUUUACCUAUAUUAACACUCCACCAACUACAAAAGGUAUUCAAGUUGAACUCGAUCAAGAUACAACCGAACCAUUCACAUUCAAUGGUACUGAUAUUGAAUCGCCAUCAGACCUCAAAGCUAAGAUUUAUGCUCUCCCAGCCAAUGGUCAACUUUUGAAUGGUAAUGUUGUUCUUACAUCAAAAUUAAUUGGUGAAGAAACUUACGAAUUAGAUGCUCUUUCAUACAAACCAAAUGCGGGUCUUUCCAAUUGGAAUACCAUUGAUAACAUUGGUCCAUUAGAUUCAAUUCCAUACUCUGUUGUUGAUCAACAAGGUCUUGUAUCAGAUUCAGACGUAGUUACCUUUAGUGUCAGACCAAGAAAUCCACCAGUUUACACCGGAGCCGAUGUAAUUGAUGUUUUACAAAACACUCGUUAUCCAUUAAACGUUCAAGGUAAAGUUGGAAAUGGUGGUUCUGAAGUUAAUAUUCAAGUUUUGAAAUUCUCUGGUAGAGGUACUUUAUCAAUUGCCCAUAGCAUGGGUAGCGAAGGUACUAUGGAUACAGAAAUUACAUCCUAUCCAAAUUCACAAACUGGUUCAACCUCUUACAAUUUUGCAUACAUGCCACCACAUAAUGAAUAUGGUAAUGAUUUCGAUUUUAUUGAAUUCAAAUUGUUUGAUGGUGAUCUUUACUCUGAACUUUACACUAUCACCGUCAAUGUUAUUCAUGUCAAUCAACCACCAACAAUCCAAUUAAUUAGUUACAAGGUUUUAGAUGACACUUCCAAAGAUAAUGGUGAGGUAUUAUUUGACUCAACCUAUAUUGUCAAUAUGAAUAUCAAUACAUCCGUUUUAAUCAAAUACACUGGUAGUGAUGUUGAUGUUGAUCAAGUCACUCCAUUACUUUCAACAGUCACCACAGCACUUCGUGGUACUUUAUAUACCAAAGAUGAAACUGUACCAGACUUAAAAGGCUCUAUUAUUGAUCGUAACCAUACAACUGUCGAGCAAAGUAGUGAUGGCUAUUACUAUGUUGUAUAUUCACCUGUCCCGGAUUCAUCUGGUAAUAGCUAUGUACGUAUUCCAUUUUUCAUGACAGAUAAUGGUGGUCUCGAUUCACCAACCUUAACAGCAGUUAUCAACGUUAACAGAUAUAACAUUCCACCAUUUGUUCUUGCCGGAAAUAAAACCUAUUCCACCACUACCAAGUUAGCCCUUUCAGUUGAAAAUGUUCAAUUUGAUGAUCCAGAUUCCGGUAAAAGCAAUAAUGUUUCAAUUGUAGUUUCAAUUGUUGGUGAAAAUGAUGAAAAUGUUGCAUCACUUGAAGAUAUUAAAAUCUCACUCAAAAGAAUGCAAAAUUGUGAACUCCACACUUCACUUGCAUCUAUUUCAUGUCUCGAUACUAAAUCUGCUCUCAAUGAAUCAAUUCAAACAAUUACUGUCAAUGCUGUAACUGCUGGUAACUAUCGUCUUAAACUCUUUGUUGAUGAUUUAGGUUACAAUGCACCAUCAGCCAUUAGAGCUCAAUCACAUAUGAAUGCAACUGGUUAUGUUGAUGUCACAUUUGAAGAAGCAGAAACCACCACUCAAACCAAUGACAAUAAGACCGUUUUAACAGGUGCUAUUGCUGGUGCUGCCGCUGGUACUGCUUUAAUUGCUGCCGCAGCUUGGAGAUUAUUAAGAAAAGCUGCACCACCAACUGAUACUUUCUUUAGUGAAGCCGCUUUCCUUGGUGAUGGUGUUAGCUCUAAUCCACUUUAUGAACAAUCUGCAUCUGCCGCUGAAAAUCCACUCUACCAAUCUGCCUCUGAUACUACUGAUUAA